CUCAGCCAAUGGGCGCGGGCCCUGGCGGGGUGGGGCGGGGGCGGCCCCGGUGGGGAGCGGGGCUGCUCCGGGGGGUCCCGGUGCCCCCCGCUCUCCUCAUGCAGGGCAUGGGGAGCCUCCGGCUGGGCAGCCGCGCCGUCAUGUACACGGCGGAGACCCUCCCCAAGGGCAAGAACCGCGUCAUGGGGACCAUCCAGAUUAUGACGGGAUUCCUGCACAUCGGCUUCGGGAUCGUCCUGACCACGCUCACCAAUGUCUACACCUCGGUCUUCGUCAUCGGAGAGAUCCCUUUCCUGGGCGGCGUGUCGUUCAUCAUCUCCGGGUGCCUCUCCAUCGGCGCCGAGAAGAGCCCCACGGAAUGCGCGGUGAAGGGCAGCCAGACCAUGAACGUCAUCAGUGCCAUCUUUGCGCUCCUGGGAAUCGUGGCCUUCAUCGUGGACCUCAACCUCAACGGGCUCUACCGCUCCAGCUUCAACUACUACAGCUAUCUCGUCCUGCUCGCAGGGAAUGGGAUUUCCAUCGUGCUGCUCAUCUUCACCAUCCUGGAAUUCUGCAUCGCCGUGGCCACCGCCAAUUUCUGGUGCCGGGCCACCCGCCUCAGCUCCAACGAGGCCAUGCUGAUCGUCCCCAGUGCCACCCGUGUGGAUCUGGCCGUGCCACCGGCGGAGCUGCCUCAGCCUCCCAGCUACAGCGAGCUGGCUGCUCCUGAAGUCUGACACCGAGGCUGCUGGAAUGGGAUCCUGCCUCCAUCGCUCCUAAAUCCCAGGGCUACGGCAUCCUCCUCCCACUGUGCUGCUGGCUGGGAUGUGCUGGUCCCCCCAAAAGCCAGGGGCACCCCCCAGUUCCCUGCCCCUCUGCCCCUGGGCCUGAUCUGAGGGGCUCCACUUGCUGGCUGCUAUGGGAAGGGGCUUCUCCAAGGGGGAAAUCUUGGGCAAUUCC